AUGGCAGACACGUUGCAGAGGCUGGUGAACACUUCAUCCUACAGCGUCCUGCAGCAAAAACUAGAAACCUGGUACAAAGACUAUCAUGUGAUCUCAUGUGACCAGAACCUGAACCGGUGCUGUGAGCUAGUGGAGCUCACCUCAAAUAUCCAGGGGCACCUGUUCACUAUACUCAACCUUACUGCACAAGAAGGCGGUCACUAUGCAGGAGUGGACACACUUAAAUCUCGCCUGCUGCCAUGGCUUGGGACAUGCUUCACCAUGGCAAGCGCCUCUGUCUCUUCAGACACCAGUCUCAAUCUUAUUCAGGACAAUGUGGAGAAAGAGCGAAGGAUCCAUGAGCUGUCGUUGUCCCAUGAGAGUGACAUGCAGAAGAUUGAGGACCAGCUCUGUUCUACGCGCAUAGAGCUGGACUCUGUCAAACAGGAACUUGCUGAUGCUAAGAUUGAACUGGACUCCACCAAAAACAGAUCAGCGACCACGCUUCUUGCCACAGAAGAUGAAAUACUACACCUGAAAGCAGAGUUGCGGAUGGCCUAUGAUCAGGUGGACCUCUAUAAGAAGAAACUGGAUGUGUUGGAGGACUAUGAGAGGCAGGUCAGAUUACUGAGAGAUGAGGUCACUUUUCUCACUGCUGAGAAAUCCAUGCUACAAGAAAGGCUGGUGAGGAGUCGUUCUCCCAGUCCUCUUCCUCGGCGGAGUCGUAACAGCAGUCCUGUGAGGAGUGAGUCUCCUACGCGUGCCCAACUCACCAGCUCAUCUCGCCAUGCCCGGCUCGUGUCACGCUUCUCUGAUCUGUACGCCAUUGAACGGCUGGAGGCCCAGAGCCUCCUCCGCCACUACAUCAAUGACCUGGAAACAGUGCAGAGGAUCAUCUUCAUUGCUGCAGUGGAAUCAUUUCAGGCAGCUAAAUUGGCCUAUCGGCAGUUUAAGCUGCGUGUCAGGAAAACUCUUUCUCCUACACACGUGGGUCCUGAGAGUCUGGAAGAUGCUAUCGUGGACUACAUUGUCAGAAACCUUGACCUUUACGAUGUGCAGACAAGUGUCAGUGAUGUGAUCAACUCCAUGAACGUGAAUCCACGCAUAUCCUUCCCUCCAGAAGUGGACUUUAUGCUCAUCAGUAGUUUCAUCAGAGAGACGUGUCGAAUUGCUUUCGACAUGCAGACGCUGGAUCCUCCCCUGGACCUCGCCUUUAGCUCUGAUGGAGAACUCUACAAUGAUAUCAAGUACAGGCGUAGUUAUGAUUCAGAGUUCACUGCACCACUGGUAGUGUAUCACGUGUGGCCUGCACUGAUGGAGGGAGACACGGUUAUAGUGAAAGGAGAGGCUGUCACCAGGAGAGGGGCAUUGUGGAGGAGCCGAAGCCGCAGCUGCAGUCCAGUUCGCUCUCACUCAGGAAGCCCCGGCCGCACACUCAUGUUCAGUCGUAGUCGGAGCCCGUCCCCUGGACGUCUCUCAACCAGUCGACUGUAA